GAACAGUGUGAACGCAGCCCCAGGUGAUCAUUACGUUAGAAUAGCAUUUAGGGAAGCUGCGAAUGAAAUUGAUUUGGCUAUAAACAAUACCAUUGAGGCUCUUUUUAUGAAACGAAAUGUCACCUCAAAUGGACAGCUUAAUCACGGUGACCUUUUGCGUAUAUUCCGGUUUCCUAAAGGCGAAGCACGUCAACUUGCUCGAGCUGCUGAGAUAUAUGAGCGAACUCUUGUAAAUAUAAGAAAGCACAUCGAAAAAGGCGAUAAUCUUACCUUAUCAAGUCAAAGGUAUGAGUUUCGUGAACUUCUUUCUCGUGAACAUUUGCAUUUGGUAGCUGAACUUUCCGGCUGUGUAGAACAUCGUGAAAUGCCCAAUUGUACAGAUAUGUGCUAUCACUCAAAAUAUCGCAGCAUCGAUGGUACUUGUAACAAUCUAAAAAACCCGUGGUGGGGUGCUUCACUGACAGCGUUUAGGCGUAUUGUGCAGCCAAUUUAUGAAAAUGGUUUUAGCACACCUAUUGGCUGGACAAAAAACUUUUUGUACCGGGGAUUUUUAAAGCCAAGUCCACGAUUAAUAUCAACACAUAUUAUUUCAACUAAACACAUAACCCCGGACGAAAAAAUAACUCACAUGGUAAUGCAAUGGGGCCAAUUUUUAGAUCACGAUUUGGAUCAUGCACUGCCGUCAGUUAGUUCGGAAAGUUGGGAUGGUAUAGAUUGUAAAAAGACCUGUGAGUUUGCACCACCUUGCUUCCCAAUCGAAGUGCCGCCAGAAGAUCCCCGCAUAAGAAAUCGUCGAUGUAUUGAUGUUAUUCGUUCAAGCUCUGUUUGUGGUUCCGGUAUGACAUCAAUCUUUUUUAAAGAUAUUCAACAUAGAGAGCAAAUCAAUCAAUUAACUUCGUUCAUUGAUGCCUCCCAAGUUUAUGGUUACAGUUAUGAAUUUUCCUUAGAACUUAGGAAUUUUACAACAGACGACGGACUCUUAAGAACAGGAGUUAAGUUUCCUGGCCAAAAGGAUAUGUUGCCAUUUGCUGCACCUCAAGAUGGUAUGGACUGUAGGCGAAACCUUGACGAAAACACUAUGAAUUGCUUUGUUGCAGGAGACAUACGAGUUAACGAGCAAAUUGGUUUAUUAGCCAUGCAUACUAUAUGGAUGCGUGAGCAUAAUCGCGUUGCUACAAAAUUACGUGAUAUAAACCCUCACUGGGAUGGUGACACUGUAUACCAAGAAACGCGAAAAAUUAUAGGAGCUCAAAUGCAACAUAUAACUUUCAAACAUUGGCUACCAUUAAUUAUAGGGGAAAGUGGUAUGCAUAUGUUGGGAAAAUACCGAGGUUAUGAUCCUUAUAUAAACCCAUCGAUUGCUAAUAUAUUUGCCACAGCUGCGUUACGAUUUGGGCAUACUAUUAUAAAUCCAGUGCUUCACAGACUUAAUUCUACUUUUAAACCAAUACCACAAGGGCAUUUAUCCCUGCAUAAAGCAUUUUUUGCUCCAUGGCGUAUAGCAUAUGAAGGGGGAGUAGAUCCCCUUAUGCGUGGUAUGUUUUCGGUGCCAGCGAAGUUAAAGACCCCUGACCAAAAUCUUAACUUUGAACUCACAGAAAAAUUAUUUCAAACAGCGCACGCAGUGGCUUUGGAUCUUGCAGCUAUUAAUAUUCAACGUGGCAGAGAUCACGGACUACCAGGAUACAAUGUUUAUCGGCGGAUCUGUAAUCUCACCAUAGCGAAAACUUUUGAGGACUUGCAAGGAGAUAUAAGAAGCGCAGAAGUGCGUAAGAAGCUCCAAAAUCUUUAUGGGCAUCCAGAUAAUAUUGAUGUAUGGGUCGGAGGUAUUUUAGAGGACCAAGUUGAGGGCGGCAAAGUAGGUCCAUUGUUCCAGUGCCUUCUUGUAGAGCAAUUUCGACGAUUACGCGAUGGGGAUCGAUUUUAUUAUGAAAACCAUGGAGUAUUUCUUUCAAAGCAGCUGAGUCAAAUUAAGCACGCAAGUCUCGGUCGUAUGCUUUGCGAUGAUGGUGAUAAUAUUAACGAAGUGACGUCUAACGUAUUCUUACUGCCCAAAAUGCAAGGUGGCUAUAAAAAAUGUGCUGACAUUCCGGAAACUAACUUAUAUUUUUGGCAGGACUGUGGUUCAUGUCAGUCUCUACCACCACUUUUGGAAACACAAGAAUCAGAAUUAUAUAGCAACCAUUACCUUAAGAAGAGAUCAAUUCAUAUUUUAAAAAAUAUUUCUGGCAAUUUACAGAACUCAUGGCAUUCUAACGAAUCGCGGAUAAGCACUUUAGAAGAGACCAUCUAUAGGCUUGACAACGAGCUUAAUGAAUAUAAAAAAAGAGUUAAGAAGCUGGAAGAUGAAAUUUUGUAAAUAAAUUUUUUCUGCACUAUUAAAUAAUA